AUGUUGUUUGUUUAUGUCUCUCUCCCCACAGAUGAACAGUUUAGGGUUGUGGGUUAUUAUGUGCAUCAGCGAUCGUUGCUCGAGGCUCGUGACAUCGACCCAUUCCUCUUCACGCACAUCAUCUUCGCCUAUGCCAAGGUGGACAAUUACGUCUUGUCUAUGUACAGUGGCGAAGAUGUGAAACCUUACCGUCAGCUAGCGGCUCUCAAGGAACGCAACCCGAAACUCAAGAUUCUUCUCGCCGUCCAAGAUGGUUUGUUCGAGUUACUAACUGGACCAAAAGACACGCUAUCCACAUUUUACAAGCAAGCUAUUACCUUUUUGAGAGAGUAUGAUUUUGAUGGUCUGGAACUGUCCUGCAACAACUCAAAAUUGGUUGACAAGAAAUGGUUAACAGCUUUCAUUCAUGGAUUGCAUGAUGCUCUUAUCCAAGAGGUCAAGUUUACGAGAAAAGAGAAGUUAUUGCUAUCAAUAGCUCUUCCUAGUACUCGAACCCAACUCAUGUCCUACGAUUUUGACAUCAUCAAAAGAUUGGUCGAUUUUGCCACUGCCGUGACCUAUGACCUGAACAUGUCGCCAAAGAAAACAUGCUUUCACAGCCCACUUCAUCCAGCUCCGGGAGACAAUAAAUUUUUUUCUGUUAAAUUCAACGCGGCAUACGUGCUCGAAAAUCCUCAAGUAGCGAGAGAGGCGCUGACAUUAGAAAUGCAAAAAAAAAAAACUCAUGUAAAGAAAAACACAUAUCUAUCUAUCUAUCUAUCUAUCUAUCUAUCUAUCUAUCUAUCUAUCUAUCUAUCUAUCUAUCUCAGUCUUUCAUCUAUCUAUCUAUCUAUCUAUCUAUCUAUCUAUCUAUCUAUCUCAGUCUUUCAUCUAUCUAUCUAUCUAUCUAUCUAUCUAUCGAUCUAUCUAUCUAUCUAUCUAUCUAUCUAUCUAUCUAUCUAUCUAUCUAUCUAUCUAUCAAGAAACUAA